GCUGAAUGUUUACCGAGCAAGCAUAGAGGGCUGGUGCGGAAAGUGACGGCCACACUGGAGCCCUGGUGCAUGGUGAGACUCGGGUGAUUUCAGCUUCCACGGUCGCAACUCCCAGCGGAAUGUUCACUCGCAGGGGCCAUGGAGACGUCAAGAAAUCUACACAGAAAGUUCUGGACCCAAAGAAGGAUGUGCUGACCCGGCUCAAGCACCUCCGCUCGCUGAUAGAUAUCAUCGACAAGAGUGAACUGAAGGCAUUCUUCGAGAGCAACUGUUCUCAGAUUUAUUUUAUCUUCUAUGAAAGUUUCAUUACACUGGAAAGCAACUUAAAACAAAAAGGGAACAAAUCUCAAAGGGAGGAGCUGGACUCUAUCCUCUUUAUUUUUGAAAAAAUUCUACAGCUUCUGCCAGAGAAAGUCUACAACCGAUGGCAGUUUCACAGUAUAGGUUCUAUUCUGAAAAAGCUUCUACACACUGGAAAUUCAUUCAAGAUUCGAUGUGAGGGGAUCCGUUUGUUCCUGCUGUGGCUGCAGGCCCUGAGGGACAACUGUGCUGAGGAGCAGUUUCUUAUCUUUGCAUGUCUGGUGCCAGGGUUCCCUGCUGUGCCCUCCACCAGAGGGCCCUGCACCCUUGACACCAUCAUCUACAACCCCUUCUCCAAUCCCCCUGAUGCUAAAGUGGUGCCUGAGGAGAUCAACCCGCUCGUUCCAGCUUUGGCUGGGGAAAAAGUUGCAGAGGACCAGACCUGUUACAUCCUCGAAACCCUGCUCAAGUACAUGGUCAUUCAGGCUUCCAGUUUAGAAUGGAGGAACAAAGAUAACCAGAACACAGGCUUCAGGUUUCUCUUCAGCCUCUUCAAGAAGUACUACCUUCCACAUUUAUUCCCCUCCUUCACCAAGCUCACAAACCUCUACAAGCCUUUAUUAGACCUCCCGCACCACAGACCAAAACCCUUGUAUGUGCCAGUGACGCGGAACAAUGAGAGCACCUUCUGCACCAGGGACCAGUAUCUGGCGCCCCGUGUGGCCUUCAUCACCUGGCUGGUCACCUUCUUCCUGGAGAAGAAGUACGUCAGCAGUGCUGCUGCAGCGCAGGGCGCCAAGAAUGGCACCGAGGUCAUACCCAAACUCAUCCAGACUGUCACUGCAGGCAGUAGCAGCCAGGAGAAGAAGGAGGAUAAGAUAUCGGACGGGGAUUCGAAUGGACCAGCGGGGGAGCCUGAGAAGAGCCACUCCAACAGCAGCACGCUGUCGGAUCGGCGGCCCAGUGAUUCCAGUUUGUGUAGCAUUGAGGAGGAGCACCGCCAUGUCUAUGACAUGGUGCACGCCAUCCUGCUUUCCACCCGGGACAACGUGAAUUUUGUCAACGAGGUCUUCCACCAGGCUUUCCUGCUGCCGUCCUGCGAGGCGUCAGCUACCAGGAAGGUGAUCAAAGUGUACAGGACGUGGAUUCUGCAGGACAAGCCCGGCUUCAUGACCGAGCCGGAGAAAACAACACAGGAGGAUGAAGUGGAUGACAGCUCUGAGCAGAUUCUCAACACUGAGACAAACCACAUUCAUGUACAGACGGAGAUUCACGGUCACAGACGGACAUCGAGCUGGGGGAGGACGUACUCCUUCAGCAGUGCCAUCAAUCGGGGCUUCCUCACUGAGCAGCAGAACAGGGACAUCAAGGCUGGCAUCCAGCCUACACUACAGGUGUUCCUGACCAACUCGUCCAACGUGUUCCUGUUGGAGCCGUGCCAGGAUGUACCCAAACUCCUGGAAAACCAGGUUGAGGUGUGCAAGGGGGUUCUUAGCAUCUACCGUCACAUGAUCAUGGAGCACACGAUGAAUACACAGACAUGGGAGCAGAUGCUGCAGGUACUACUGAGGAUCACUGAGGCAGUGAUGAAGAGGCCACAGGAAAACCAAAGAAAAGACAGUUUUGCUGAAAGUCUAGCAUCGAUACUCUUUAGGACCAUCAUCGUGGCGUGGGUGCGAGCCAACCUGUGCGUAUUUAUCUCCCGGGAGCUAUGGGACGAGCUGCUGGCAGUGCUGUCCUCUCUUACCUGCUGGGAGGAGCUGGUGACAGAGUGGGCCAGCAUCAUGGACUCGCUGACGGCUGUGCUGGCACGCACCGUCUACGGCCUGGACAUGGGCAGCCUGCCUCUGGACAAACUCAGUGAACAGAAGGAGAAAAAGCAGAGAGGACGCGGAGUGAUCCAUGACUCCCAGAAGGGCGCAGUAGUGGCACGCUCCUUCUCACUGAGCUGGAGGAACCACGGGGAGCAGGGCAGGCCUGCGGUUCAAGAGCCCAUGAGGAUUCGCUCUGCCACCACGUCAGGAGCUCCUGGCGUGGAGAAUGCCCGAAACAACGUCCGUCAGAAAGCCUCUGAUGUUGAGGAAUGUCAGCUGUCAGAAUGUGGGGGAGAGGAGGAGCUGGGAGGAAGGGAAAGCCCUCUGCCACGUAGCAGCAGCACCUCGGACAUCACCCAGCAGCUGUCUGAAACUCUACCAGCCCAGAAGAGAGAGUACUCCCCAACUUCCUCUUGCUCAGAUAGCAGGACGUCUGAGGGCAGGAAAGAAAGCAGUGAGCCACCAAUGAUCCUCAUCCGACAGAGCAGCAGUACGGCUGAGACAGAGUGCAACGCCGAGGGACAGACUAACUACACAAUGCCCAAGCUCAGAGAGAAAAGUGAGAGUAUAAGCAGCGAGACGUCCAACGGCUACCUCAAUGAAGCCGAGGUUACCUGGCAGGCCUUCGACGAGGAGGCUGACACUCAGUCCACACAGUCCGCCCACAUGGAUGUGACGACUGACCCCCAGAGCCAGGGGAGCCUGCUGCUCAGCCACAAUGAGGCUCUAGCAGGUCCUGAGUGUGCCCUCCCUCCCCACUCCGCACCCCCGUCCUACCACCACCACAACCACUACCACUACCCUCAGAACCCCCCCGCCUCUCCAGCCCUGCUGGUGCACACAGAGUGCCCUCGGGACUGCCCUCUGGAAGACACCAUGCAUCAGUCUGUCUUACACAUGCCACACCACUUGGACAGCAGUGAGUGUCUGGCUGAUGACGUCAGCAUCAUCGCUGGUGGGACCCUGACUGGUUGGCAUGCUGAUUCAGCCUUUGUCCUUUGGAGGAGGAUAUUGGGCAUCCUGGGAGAUGUCAACAGUAUCCGCUGCCCAAAAAUCCACGCCAAGGUCUUCUCAUAUCUCUUUGAGCUCUGGCACAAGCUGGCCAAGAUCCGGGACAACCUUGGCAUCAGUGUGGACAACCAGUCUUCUCCACCCCAACCUGCCUUCAUCCCUCCUCUGCGAAUGCUUGCCUCAUGGCUCUUCAGGGCCACCAUGCUGCCUGCAGAAUACAAGGCAGGCAAGCUGCAGGCCUACAAGCUGAUCUGUGAGAUGAUGACCAGACACCAGGAUGUGCUCCCCAACAGUGAUUUCUUGGUGCACCUCUACUACAUCAUACACAAGGGCUUCUCCAGCGACGACCAGGAUGUUUUGAACACCAUCAUCUGCUCCUGCUCCCCCCGAUUCUUUUACCUCGGCCUACCGGGCUUCACCAUGCUAAUUGGAGAUUUCAUCACUGCUGCCGCCUGCGUCCUCAGCUCCGUUUCCCCAGAGGCUCCAAGGAUGGAGGCUCAAACAGUCCUGGGCUCUCUCGUGUGUUUCCCCAACCUGUACCUGCAGAUUCCUGUGCUGCAACAUGUGCCUGGCUCUGAAGAAAUCCUUGUAGGCAAUGAGGAUAUCAAGGAUUACCUGGUCAAUAUCCUGCUGGAAACAGCAACAAAGGAACACUGUGAAGGGGCCAGGUGCAUCGCUGUGUGCAGUCUGGGCCUGUGGGUUUGUGAAGAACUGACGCAAAAGAACAUCCACCAGCAAGUUAAAGACGCCAUCAACGUCUUGGCAGUAACACUAAAGUUUGGGAACAAGGCCGUGGCUCAGGUAGCCUGCGACGUGUUUCACCUGCUCAUUUCUCACUGGGAACAACUCAAGAGGUUUGAGUCCAAUCUGCCGAAGAAAAUCAUUGAGAUCUUUGUGGCCACAAUAGCCUUUUUGUUGCCGAGCGCGGAGCACUCAACAGUGGAAGCAGACAAAAAGUUGAUGGUUUCGCUGCUGCUUUGCCUGUUGGACUGGUGCAUGGCUGUGCCCUUGAGUCUCCUGCUGGAGCCCAUCACCAUGCCUUCAGUGGAUGAACGCACUUCCCACAAGGCCCCACUGCUGGACUACAUCUACAGGGUGCUGCACUGCUGCGUGUCCGGCUCCACCCUGCACACCCAACAGAGCCACUACCUCCUCAGCCUGUCAGACUUGUCCAAUGACUAUGACCUCAUGUUGGGUCAGGUUAAGAGCUUUGAGCCGCCGCCCUCCCAGUCAACCGCUGCUGAUUUUGGCAACCUGCUCACAGUAGCUGAAGAAAAGCGACGUCGGAACAUGGAGCUGAUACCUCUGACCGCACGCAUGGUCAUGACCCACCUGGUGAACCACCUGGGCCAUCAUCCACUCAGCGGUGGCCCCGCCCUCCUCCACAGCCUAGUGAGCGAAAAUCACGACAACCCGUUUGUGGAGUCGUCCGAGCUGUCCUCCGAGGUCUUCAAAAGUCCAAACCUGCAGCUGUUUGUCUUCAACGACAGCACGCUGGUGUCCUACCUUCAGAUCCCCACUGAGACGCCCAUCGUUGGCCAGCCCCCCAACACCUCCUCCCAAGUGCGAGUCAUAGUGAGGGACAUCUCGGGCAAAUACUCCUGGGAUGGAGCAAUCCUCUACUGCACCCAGGAAGACUCCAUGGACAUGGGAGUUUUUACCGCUGUAGACCGCCCACUAUCUACCACCACUAUUGCUCACAGCAGAAACCAGCCCCAGUCUCCGACAAAGGGGCCGCACAAAACAAAUAUCUCAGUCUCUGACUCCCUCUCCGACUGUUGUGAGGAGGAAGAGGUAGAUAUUCUGGAUAAGCUGAUGGAGGACCUCGGCCAGAGCAGCUCAGAAUGCCUGACUCAGCCGCAGCUCCAACUCAAUCAGCCAGCCUCCUCGCCCCAUGGCAUGAACAUAGACCAAGAGAGCGCCAUCCGGGAGGCCAUCCUCCGUCAGACCCAGGAGGAGGAGGAGCAAGUGAGGAGAUGGGACGCUGAUGUAAGCUGUCGGGCUGCCUGCCAGGGGGAACCCUCCCACCAGGACCCAAAAGCUCCUUUCUAUUUCUGCCGGCUGCUGCUCAAUGACCUUGGCAUGAACUCUUGGGACCGCAGGAAAAGUUUCCACUUGCUGAAGAAGAACUCGAAGCUCUUAAGAGAACUGAAGAACUUGGAUUCCAGGCAGUGUCGAGAAACGCACAAGAUUGCGGUGUUCUACAUUGGAGAGGGACAAGAAGACAAGUGCUCCAUCUUGUCCAACAGCGCAGGCAGCCAGGCCUAUGAAGACUUCGUGUCUGGACUGGGAUGGGAGGUGGACCUAGCAACCCACUGUGGCUUUAUGGGCGGCCUCCAAAGGAACGGCAGCACAGGUCUAACAGCUCCUUACUAUGCUACCUCCACUGUGGAAGCCAUCUUCCACGUCUCCACGCGAAUGCCAUCUGAUUCUGAUGACAGCCUCACCAAAAAGCUGCGUCACCUGGGAAACGACGAGGUACACAUCGUGUGGUCCGAGCACACUAGGGACUACCGACGUGGCAUCAUCCCGACUGACUUUGGCGACGUGCUGCUCAUCAUCUACCCGAUGAAGAACCACAUGUACUUCAUCCAGAUCAUGAAGAAACCACAGGUUCCUUUCUUUGGACCUCUGUUUAAUGGCGCCAUUAUCACUGGGACACUGCUGCCAAGCUUGGUGCGGGCCACCUGUAUCAACGCCAGCAGAGCUGUCAAGUCCCGUCUGACUCUCUACCAGAGCUUCUAUGAGGAGCGGGCACUCUACUUGGAGGCCAUUGUUCAGAACCACAGAGAGGUCAUGACCUUUGAAGACUUUGCCUCGCAGGUCUUCUCCCCCUCUCCUGGCUACCCAAUGAGUGGGACAGGUUCCUUCACCGGCAGCACGAGCACCGAGGCCAGUGCUCAAGCAGCAGCGGCAGCGGCCACGGACUCUGUGGACCAGGUCUCUCCCCCCUUGCCCCGUGCCACAAAGAACCGGGUCUCUGGAAAGCUCCGCCGGUCAGCCAGCGCUAUAAGCAAAUCUUCCAACUGAGCUCUUCUCCUUCCACUGAACCCCCCCCCAUCCCCCCUCCCCGAGUGCAGCCUUUAAUAUUUCUUCUCAAAGAACCUCACACACUGAGCCGUGACUGCAAGAGGUGUCCUGUUGUUUUUGUUUUUUUCUUUGUUUUAUUAUAACAUGUAACUGGAGCAUAUUGCAAUUUUUUUUAAUUUUGAGUGGCAAUCAUUGAUUUCACGUAUACAUUUCCAUUCAUUGUGGUGUUUGAAUGCAUUAAUUGCAAAGGACGUGCGACUAAGCUAUUUAUGUUCGUCCCUGGUGGUUUCAGCUUAAGAAUCAGCAACAUAGGAAGUCUUAAAUCAGCCUGUGGUGACAAAGAAAAGUCACUUUUAUUCUCAUUUUCUAGUGCAGGCCUAACGCACUAGAGAAACGCAAGGUUCUUUACUAUAGUAAGGGAAUGGGAGACUGCUUUACCCUGUGUCUGUAUCUCAUCUAGCUCAACUCUUAAUGUAACUAAGCACUGAAUGACACAGUUGUAAAUGGCACCAUGCUAAAACUGCACAACAGAUUGUAAUCCGUUUAUAAAUGUGUCUGCCUUUCUACUUCUGUGUGCACCUGCCACAACCUUCCUGUGUGGAGGACACCGCUGGAGUCAGUGAACGCAUCCUGGACGCACCAGUUUGGAUCAUGUUUGUGGAUCGUCUUCCUACAGCAGAAGAAGGAUGAAGGACUGAUGCACGGGAGAAACCCUCCCCAGAAUAAUUGGUACUCACUUCACUGCUACAGACUUCCUGGAUGUGCAGUCAGGGGCUUUUUAAUUGUUAUGAACCCAGAGCGGACAAUCAGUGACAUCUUUCUAACUUGAGCUGGAUUCUUUUCUUUUUUUAUCUCUAAUUUUCUUUUUUAAAUGAAUUCCGAUGGAUUGUGUCACCAUUUGAUUCAUGCGACUCCACUGGAAUGAGAAAAGAGUGCGUUUGUAAUUGUUUUCUGAUGUUGUUAACGUAGGCUCAUGUCCUGUAAUUGAAUAAGUUCCCUGUCUCUUUCCUCUGCGAUCAGUUUCCCUCCGUGAGGCUAAGACAUCGACAUUCCAGCGUUCCCCAAACAACCUUUUUGCACUCGCUGUCAUUGAUUAUGUCGAAUGUUUCUCUGUGUUCCUGGAUGUACAUUGCUUUAAAUUUUAUUUGCUGAUGUGUGUUUGCUAGAUGUAUAUAUAGAGAGGAGCAUUUGAUGAAAUUAUUUUUGCUGUUGUGUUGUUUUAUGUAGUCAUUUGCUGUUUAGAGGAAAAAUGCACCAGAGCCUCAGGUGAAUCUUAACUCCAUGCACUGGUGUGCAUGAACUGUGUGUGUCCAUAUGCGUGUGUGAGUGUGUGUGUGUGGGUUUCUUGUCCGGGGGAGCUUCUCACAGUGCCUGUGUAACGUCUGUCCCAAACCACCUCUGCUCACAAUAAUCAGAUUUUAGUUCCUCCUCUUUGUCGUGUGAGACAAACCAUGGCUGCCCUGCAUCCCGUCUCUGUCCUCACCUCCUCUGUGUCUCUACAGCUCAGUGUCUUGUGCUUCCCACCACAACAAAAACAACAGCAGAUGGAUUUGGAGUCGUGGGCACCUCUGUUUCUUUCACUCUUUGCGUUGCUCUGUCUUUAUCUGUGAAUUAAGUGGCACCGGCUCCUCCUUUUUCCCAUGAUCCUCUCCCCAUGUCGCCUCCUAGCUCCAUGGGAGGCUGGGUGCAUGGGGACGUGAGGUGGUGGGGGGGGGCAGCGGUGUUCGUGUGGCAUGCCAGAGCUGAACGCUAACAGCCCUCCUGGCAACAGCCAGGCCGGUUCUCACUCCUGCAAGCUGCCCUGCUCAAGUCGUCAUGGUAGCCAGGUGUUUUCCACACACACACACACACACACACACUAUACGCUCGCACCCUCUGAGGGCUCCACCCAAGCUGCAACACUAUCCCCAUCUGUUGCACUACUAUGCCUUACUCUCCCCCUGCUUCACCUGUCCUUUCCCUCCCCUCUCCCACGUCUUCCCUUCUUUUGUUUAUUUAACUCCCUGAGCAGAACACAGCAGGAGUGUGAAGGUGGAGAGCGUCCAUUGUCGUCCCUUUGUUCUUGUUUUGUGAAGAAUGUAUAAAUACAUAGGCCUGGAUCACAUCUAUGGUUUUUUUAAUUUUUCCCCUAAAGCCAUUUGAAGGAACCACCCUGGAUGCUGAUCUAAAGAUUGUAGGUUAUAGAUGAUGUCUGUUGAGUGGGUCUGUGCCCCCCCCCCCCCCCCCCCCAUCUCUUUUUGGUGGCUUAGACACUGGAGAUGUCAGUUUGGACCAAGAUAAGGAUUGUGUGUCUUAUAUAUACGUGAAGAAAAAACGAGCUAGUGUUAGUUCCUAGUAUGUCGCCUCUUUUCUUCUGGUUUUUCGAAAAAUCCUUGUACAUUGUGUCAAAUUUGAGGGUGUCAGCGUCCUCCGAUAUAAAUAUAUGAAUGCCUGUAAUAUAAUCUUUGUAUAAGAGAGAGAGGAGGAAAAAAAGCUUGAAGAUUUCAUCAUUACUUGUCAACAUAUCAAACUGUUUUUAACGACCGAAGUCCUGCUAUCUUUAUUAGAAAUGUGAAAAAUUGAAACAUUUCAUUAAAUCAAUUUGAUCUGA